ACUAUCUCUAGGCGUACGAGGACAAAAAGGUGAAACUGCAACAGCAUCACUGCUCGUCAUAACUCGCAACAUGGCCGGGGCAAGAGCAAAGACACAUAAUUUUGCGGCUGGUCCAUCGCCGUUGCCCACACCUGUUCUGGAGGAAGCUGCUAAAGGUCUCCUCAAUUAUGGCAAUACUGGUAUGGGUAUUUGCGAGUUGUCACAUAGAGGGAAAGAGUUCAAGCCAAUAGUUGAAGGCGCAGAGGCCAACCUGCGCAAGCUACUCAAUGUACCUGAAUCCCAUGCUAUCCUCUUUACGCAAGCUGGAGGAACUGGACAGUUUUCCGGCGUAGUCUUGAACGUUUUGGCGUAUCUCCGCUCGAAGAGAGCUUCCACGUCCUAUGAAGAGUACAGACCGCCAGUCCUCGACUACGUUGUCACCGGCGCUUGGUCUUCGAAAGCGCACGCUGAAGCUCAACGAUUGUCCAUCCCAGCUGUUCCGGGUGGUAAACCAUUUGCGGAGCCUCGCAUAGCGGCGACGACAAAGCCUUCCAAGUACACCACUUUGCCAAAGAAGGAAGAUUACGAUAUCUCUUCCGAUGCUGAUAUGGUCUACUAUUGCGAGAACGAGACUAUCAAUGGGAUCGAAUUCCCCCUAGAUCCCAAUUCACCUUUUGCCUUUCCAUUCGACUCUGUACCGAAAGAUGCUCUCAUCGUCGCGGAUCACUCGUCUUCAUUCCUCUCUAGACCUAUCGUGCACCUCGAACGUCAUGCCAUUAUCUAUGCUGGUGCACAGAAGAACCUCGGUCCUUCAGGCGUUACUGUCCUCAUCGUUCGGAAAGACUUGCUGGUCGAUACGACAGAGGCUUGCAAGCUUGGUGGAUGCCCCGUCGUACCUAUCAUGAUGGAAUACAAGGUCUUAGCGGACAACUCAAGCUUGUACAACACACCGCCAACAUUUGCGAUCUACGUUUCUGCUCUGGUCCUCACCUACCUCUUGAAAGAAAAAGGCGGUAUCGAAGGGUUAGAAAAGACGAACAGAGAAAAAGCAGAUAUGCUGUAUUCGACUUUGGAUGAAGCGCAAUCAAAAGGCGUGCUCACUUGCGUAGUCAAGGACAAGCAGGCCAGGAGCUGGAUGAAUGUGACAUUUGAGAUCGUCGGUCAAGAGAAGGAGAAGGAGUUCUUAGCUGGAGCUGAAAAGCUCGGUUUGUAUCAGUUGAAGGGGCAUCGUUCGGUGGGCGGAGUUCGAGCAUCAUUAUACAACGCUGUUGAGAUCGACUCUGUACGCAUAUUGUGCGACUACAUACGUACUCUUUACCAGUGAUUCUUCGACAUUCAUAGAUAUUAUUGCAUAGAGCGAUUCCGACGGAGC